UUUACUGGCGAUAGCAACGAGCAAAAGAUCUAUCCGACUCUUACAGCUGCGAAAUCUGUUGUUAAUUUUCUUCUCUUCCUGACACCCUCUCUUGGAUACUGUCAAGAAUGGGACUCGGAGACCAUUUUGUUGCAACACGAACCCGUGGCUACCUCCUUGUUCAGCCGCGACAACCGGCAAGACACUCUUGGGCCGAACUGUCUCACUCUAAACGGCAACACUAAUCCGGACACAUUGACAUGUACGUCACUUUCCUCGUCGACCACCCCAUCUCUGACCUCUCAUGCCACUGACCACCGGAGUCCACUUGCCAUCGACAAGCAUUCGGUCACGUUAACUGCCCCAGUUCACUCUCCAGACCAUCCCGAGGCACCUUCCACGGACCUUUCGAUUGGGCUAAAGUCAGGACAGACAGCGUUCGCUAAGGAACGGACAAUUGCGACUCCCUCACUCGUUGGCGUCGAUCAAUUGGUACAGCUUCUGCAGACCUUCGAUGAAGAGGGUGCGAUGCUUUCAAGUCGACCGGCCGCCCUAUUUCACUCGAUCCAAACCCAAUCCCGCACUCCUCGCAGGGCACUCGAAUCAGCCUACAUUAGGCCCGAUUUCUCCAUUCACGUUGAGCAAUAUCGUAGCAUAUGCCUUCCUCUUGACAUCCUUCUUUUCUGCCGACCGAGCCAAACCCUCCUCCUCUCCAGCCUCACCCUUCAACCCUCUUCCUCAGCCCUCAGUCUGAAGCAAGCCUCUCCCUCCUUCCUUUCGGUCUCCUGCACUGACGUAAGUUAA